GUAUCCGAACCGAACCGAGGGCUCUCUGCGCAUCUCUGAUAUAAGCGAAAGAGGAGUUAAUUCCAAAUCGGAACUCCAGAUUCACCAAUUUUCCAACUCCGCGUAAAUACAAAUCUCUCCUUGUGUACGAAGUCGUGUGAAUCCAAUCAAAUCUUGCACGGUGAUUUGUGAGGGCCGCCGCUUCUCUCUAUCGCAAUUACCAAGAUGAUGUCUUUUGAAAUGAACGACCGCAAAAAGAUCGGGCUAGGUCUGACAGGAUUUGGUAUCUUUUUCUCAUUUUUGGGUAUUGUAUUCUUCUUUGAUAAAGGGCUAAUUGCAAUGGGCAACAUUCUAUUUGUAUCUGGCGUAAUGUUGACCAUUGGACUGCAAUCCUCCUUGCAAUUCUUCAUGAAACGUAGCAAUUAUAAGGGAACAAUAUCUUUUGGAGUAGGCUUCUUCCUUGUUGUCAUAGGAUGGCCUAUACUCGGAAUGAUGUUAGAGGCAUAUGGGUUCAUUAUACUUUUCAGUGGUUUCUGGCCCACACUAGCAGUGUUUGUGCAGAAGAUACCGAUCAUAGGCUGGGUGUUCCAACAGCCGUUUAUCAGAUCUUUUUUUGAUCGUUAUCGAGGCAAACGGGUGCCUGUAUAGCUUACCAGGAAAUAGAGGAAGCUCACUCAUUUGAUUUAGUUGUAAGGGCUGUAUAAAUGGUCUGCUGAAAGUUUUUGUGAAUAGGGCAGCAGUAAAAUUACCUGAAGGUUGUUAUGGGUGCAUUGUAUCAUUUUACCUAUUUGCUUUUGGAAUCAAAUCAUAUGUUAAUGGAUACAUUAGCACUUCUAUAAAUGACCCUAUGUUCUUUUUCC